GGCCAUGAGACCCCAAUGACCAUUCCUGAGCUGUUUCAGGAGUCUGUUGAGCGAUUCAGCGCUUACCCAGCCCUGGCCUCGAAGAACGGCAAGAGGUGGGACACAUUGACAUUCAGCCAGUACUACGAAGCCUGCCGCAAGGCGGCCAGAUCUUUCCUCAAGCUGGGCCUGCAGCGCUUCCAUGGCGUCGGCAUCCUGGGCUAUAACUCCGCCGAAUGGGCCAUCAGUGCCCUUGGUGCUGUCCUGGCUGGGGGGCUCUGCGUUGGCAUUUAUGUCACCAACUCGGCCGAGGCCUGCCAGUACGUCAUCAAGCAUGCCAAGGUGAACAUCUUGCUGGUGGAAAAUGACCAACAGCUGCAGAAAAUCCUGUCGAUUCCACCGGACAAGAUGGAGCCCGUGAAAGCCAUCGUGCAAUUCAGGCUGCCCUUGGGGGAAAACAGCCCGAGGAACCUGUACUCGUGGCAUGACUUCAUGGAGCUGGGGAAUGCCAUCCCCAGUGUGCAGCUCGAUCGCAUCAUCCUGAGCCAGAAGGCCAACCAGUGCGCGGUCCUCAUCUAUACCUCAGGCACAACAGGGAACCCCAAAGGGGUGAUGCUGAGCCAUGACAACAUCACGUGGACCGCAGCGGCCACAGGGCGGGAGUUGGAGCUGAGCUGCGCCUCAAUGAAGCAGGAGACAGUAGUCAGCUACCUGCCCCUCAGCCACAUUGCAUCCCAGAUGAUGGACCUCUGGUUGCCCAUCAAGAUUGGGGCGCUCAUUUUCUUUGCUCAGCCAGAUGCACUCAGGGGCACCUUGGUGUACACUCUUCAGGAGGUGAAGCCUACCAUUUUCCUGGGGGUGCCUCGUGUCUGGGAAAAGAUGCAGGACACCAUCAAGGAAAAUGUGUCAAGGUCCUCAAGUCUGAGGAAGAAGGCGUUUGUAUGGGCAAAGAUACUCGGCUUAAAGGUCAACACCAAGCGGAUGCUGGGGAAGAGAGACAUCCCCCUGAACUACCGCAUGGCCAAGGCCCUCGUGUUCACGAAGGUCAGGACGUCCCUGGGUCUGGACAACUGCCACUCCUUCUUCAGUGGGGCCGCUCCGCUCUCCCAGGAAGUCUCGGAGUUCUUCCUCAGUCUGGACAUCCCUAUCGGUGAGAUCUACGGGAUGAGUGAGUGCUCCGGACCGCACACAGCCUCCAGCAGGAACAAAUACAGAGUUCUGAGCUGCGGCAAGGUCAUCAAUGGCUGCAGGAACAUGCUGUAUGAGCAGAACAAAGACGGCAUGGGCGAGGUGUGCAUCUGGGGCCGGCACGUCUUUAUGGGUUACCUGGACAGGGAGGAGGCCACGUUGGAGGUGUUGGAUGAGGACGGCUGGCUGCACUCUGGGGAUAUGGGCCGCGUGGACAGCCAAGAUUUCCUCUUCAUCACUGGCCGAAUCAAAGAAAUGCUGAUCACAGCUGCUGGUGAAAAUGUGGCCCCCAUUCCCAUCGAGACCCUAGUGAAGGAGAAGAUUCCCAUCAUCAGCAACGCCGUGCUGGUGGGCGACAAGGCCAAGUUCUUGAGCAUGCUGCUGACGCUGAAGUGUGAGACAGACCGAAUGAGUGGGGAGCCCCUGGACAACCUGAACCUGGAGGCCCUUAACUUCUGCCGGACACUGGGCAGCACGGCAGCCACUGUGUCGGAUGUAGUGAGGCUUCGAGACCCACUGAUCUACACAGCCAUCCAGCGUGGCAUAGACAACGUCAAUCAGGAAGUGAUCUCUGACUCGCAGAGAAUUCGGAAGUGGACCAUCUUGGAGAAAGACUUUUCCAUCCAAGGUGGAGAGCUGGGGCCAACAGCGAAACUCCGGAGACGUAUCAUAACCCAGAAAUACAGAGCCCAGAUCGAAACCAUGUACUUGUGA